CACCUCUUGAAGCGUGGUGUCUCCAAAAAAUGGAUUUCUUCAAACGUAUGUUUUGUGUCCAUUGUUAGGCCUCAAUGACGCAGGGAGACCCUGGUAUAAAUAGGGUAGCACGGGCUGCAAAACGCCAUCCAGUCUUUUGCAGAACUUUGAGUCGAAAUGAAGCUUCACUGGCUGCUUUUGGCAGUCGUCCUGAUCUGCACCCUGAGCUACUGCAGCAGUGCUACUGCUACUGGCACUAGCUCCUCGACGGAGUCCUCCACCUCCACCGAGUCCUCCACCAGCGCGACUGCGGACGACUCUAGCUCGACCACCACCACCACCGCCGCGACCUCAUCCUCCUCCUCGGACACCACCGAAGCCAGCAGCGCCAGCAGCGACUCGGCCACCUCCUCGUCCUCGUCCUCCAGCACCAAGACCUCCUCGAGCUCCAAGAAAAGCAAGGCCGCCCGCAGGAAGGCUGCCGCGCGCAGGAGAAGGAGGGCCGCUGCCAGGAGGAGGAGGAGGGCUGCCGCCCGGAGGAGGGCCAACCGCAGGCGCAAUAGGGGGUAAACUGGAUGCCGCACGGACCACACCCUUGAAUCCAGCCCAAACAGGACAGGACUUUUUUUUCGGAACUCUCCAUUUUGAUCUUCCGAUCAGACAAAUAAAUAUAUUCCCGGCUAUGGUAUAAAAUUGCAAAAUAAUUCCAUGUGAUUUUGGGGAGGGAGACACCAGA